AUGCCCCCGCACUGCCCCGAAGAAGACGCCGACGCGCACCUCUUCUCCGGCGUCCGCUUCGUGCUCCACGGCUUCGACCAGGUCUCCGCGUCCCAGUAUCGCUUGGAGAUAGAGCGGUGUGGCGGCGUCCACGUGGGAGGUUUGGACGGAGACUGCACCCACGUUAUAGUUUCCAACACCUUAUAUGAUGAUCCAGUGUGUGUGGCAGCGAGGAAGGCCGGGAAGAAGGUCGUCGUUGAUCAGUGGGUGGAAGACAGCUUCGAACUCGGAGAAUUGGCUGAUGCAGAUCGUGUACUAUAUGCUCCAGUCAGAGAUUUCAAAGGCAUUCCUGGUUGCGAUAAACUUCACAUUUGCUUGACAGGGUACCAGAAGAAUUGGCGUGAUGACAUAAUGAAAAUGGUUUCUUUGAUGGGAGCAAACUUCUCCAAGUCUUUGGCAGCAAACAUAAUUACCCAUCUCAUUUGCUACAAAUUUGAAGGUGAUAAAUAUGAACUUGCUAAACAGGUGAAUAUAAAGCUUGUCAAUCACCGGUGGCUGGAAGAAUGCUUAAAGGCAUGGGAAAUCCUUCCGGUUGAUCAUUAUACGAAAAGUGGUUUGGAAGUAGAGAUAAUGGAAGCACAAGCUAAGGACUCUGAAGAUGAAGCAGAAGAUGCUGGUAGAGGCUCAUCAAGUAGCAGACAUAUUGGCAGCAGGACACCUAUUAGAGAGAUCAGAUCCAAAUCUCAUGUUGAUUCUGCUGUCCAUGCACCCAGUGGAGGUCCUACUAUCUCUGCUAGCAAUGUAGUGGGUGCUACAGGAAAACACUUGGGCACUCCAGAACAGAUUAUGAAAGCAGACGACGUGAGCACGAAAUCACCUGACAUCAGAGCUGACUCAGGAAGUGCCCCUGACACAAAGUGUGCUGCAACAUCUGUUGAUCAUGGUGCCAUUAAAUCUACCCACUCUCGCAUUUACCACAGUGAGAAUGAUGAGGCUCCUGCAGAUCAGGCCAGUAGGGAUGAAGCUAAAGACGAUCACAGAAGGGAACUUGACACCAGGGCUAGUACCCUUAAUACUCCCAGUGUACAUAAAAGCAUUGCACUCACUAUUCCAGCGGACAACAUAGAGAACACUGACGGGAACUGUUUCCAUGGUUCCAGUCAGAUCAAUGUCAAUAAUGAUCUUCAGUCAAUCUCUUCUGAAGAAAAUUUCUCCAAGAAAAUAUUACACUCAAAAGACUUGAGCAGAAAGGUAGAUCAGAAGGACGAUGGGCAUGUACCUGAUCCCAAACCCAACAUUUCUCAGUCAUCAGUUGAAGAAAACCUAAACACGUGUGGGUUUAAUCCAAGAUUAGAAGGCAAUUCAGCAUCAAGAAAUGACCAAACCUUAGGCUAUUCUAGAAGGCGAUCUUCAAAAUCAGUAUCACCUAAAGUGACGAAGCAUGUUGAUAGAUCUGGCGGUGGACUUGCUCAUAGGAGGAAAAGCAUUCUUUCUUCAGUCAGUUCAAAGGCGCCGAAUGAAGCCCCAGACUCGGGGAGUGGAAUAUCAAGUAGUCCUUUUUCAGGCAAGGAAAGUGCAUUGGAAGCAGCUGCUUCUAAUGUGGGUAGAAGCCCCACCGAAUCUACCAAAGUUGAUGGUCAUGUAAACAGUGGUCCAACUAUGAAUUCAACAGAGAAGCAGAUGUCUGGAUGUAAAGGCCACCUGUUAAGUUAUAGGAGAACAUCUUUGAAGCGUGUAAGCUCUGCUGAAGUAGAAAAGCUUCAUGAAAAUUCUGCUAACGAUAAGAAUAUGGGGGCACCUGAUGUAGUAAAGACCCCAGCACUGCACAAGGCAACAACUGAGGAGCGCUGUAACAUAUCCCCUUCUGUCAGUUCUGAAGUUAGAAAAGAAAGUUUAGGUGUUCACCAGAAUAGGGACGCUGAGAUGACUGAUGCUCAGCGGGUAAGCAAAAUCGAAGCUGCAGCUCCUUGCUCAAAACCUGAUAAAGAGGUUUCUUGUCAGAACUUGGGAGAAGAUCCUAAAGAUGUCCCAGUUAACAAGAUCACUGAUGAACAUGGAGCAUUUCCCUCGAAAGUAUCAACUUCCAGAGUGAGGAAGGCUGGUUCCAAGCGGUCUCGCAAUGUUGACAGUAAAGCUGCUGGUGAAUUCGUAAAUAGUAAAAGUGAGGUUGCACCUUCGAAGCCCAAUCAUGAUAAAGUUUCUUCUCAUGAAAACAUGGAGGCACAACAGAGAGAAGGAUGUUGUAGUCCAAAUGCUGCCGAAAAUACACCAUCAUCUCUUGCAGAAGCCCUGAACACCAAAUCAAGGAAUGAAGUUCUAACCAGCUCUCACGGUCCCAAUCGCAAGACAAACGAAUCACUAGUGGUUUCCAAGGCAGAGUCUGUUAAUAUGACUCUGCAGAGAAACAAGAAGGGGAACCGCAGAAAGCUUUCAAACACUUCAAGUGCAGAUGAAAAUCAAAGAAGUUCAUCUCGGACGGUACCAAAUUCCAAAUCAAGUAAUUUGGUUGCAAAGGGAUCUCGGACUGCUGAUGUCAAUAUAUCUGACUCACCAACUGUUGAUGAUGAAACUGAGACAUUGCCAUCAAACUCGAGUUUUAAUGAGGCAGUUCCUCCAGGAAAUGGUGAUGAAAACUAUAAAAGGCUUUCAAGCAGUGCAAGCGCAGAUGACCCUGAAACAUGUACAGCAAAUAGAGUACCAAACAAUAGAAUCCGUAAGGUUGUAGCCAAGAGGAAACUAUCUGCUGUCCAAAACCACAAAUCUAGUAGUGAGCCUUGCAAGACUGCGAAGGUAUUGGUAUCUGAAGAUAAAGUUGUCUCACCAGCGAGAGCUGUACAGAGUUCUAGAAAUGCUAACAAGGUAACAGUGGAUAAAGACCUGCAGAACACCGAUGAGGGUAGGACGAAUGAUACAGUUGGAUCAUUUUGCAAAGAUGCCACGGAAGAGAGGUCAAAAGACAUGCAGAGUUCUAAAACUAGAAGCAACAGAAGACAAAAGGUUGCAGAUUUAGUGGAUGGUUCGACAGACCAUGACAAGGAGAACAUACCAGUCAGUAGUAAUUUUACUUCCAAUACAAAAUGUGGAAAGAACAGCAAGAGUUCCAAAUCCACCACAAAGGCAUUACAAAGUAGCAAAGCUGUGCUUGAUGAGAACAGUAUGAUCAAAAGAAAUGAUUAUGGAACCUUGAAUGUGCCAGAACCAACAUGGUUUAUUUUAAGUGGACAUCGCCUACUGAGAAAAGAGUAUAGGACUAUACUUAGACGCUUGAGAGGCAGAGUUUGCAGGGAUUCACAUCACUGGUCUUUUCAAGCAACACAUCUUGUCACCACUGAGCUGCGCAGAACUGAAAAAUUCUUCGCAGCUGCUGCGGCUGGCAGGUGGAUACUGAAGCCUGAUUACUUGACUGCUUGCAAUGAGGCUGGCAAGUUCUUAGAGGAAGAGCCAUUUGAGUGGCACGGUCAAGGCCUUAACAUCGGUGAUACAAUCAGCUUGGAUGCUCCAAGGAAGUGGCGCCAGCUGAAGCAGCGUACUGGCUAUGGCGCUUUCUAUGGGAUGCAGGUCAUUAUAUAUGGGGAAUGCAUUGCUCCAACACUGGACACGCUAAAGCGCACGAUCAGAUCUGGUGAUGGCACCAUCUUAGCAACCUCCCCACCUUACACACGGUUCUUGAAGUCCAGUGUCGACUUCGCGGUUGUAUCCGCGGGCAUGCCAAGCGUGGACGCGUGGGUGCAGGAAUUCAUGCGGCACAACAUCCCAUGCAUCAGCGCAGAUUACCUGGUGGAGUAUGUGUGCAAGCCCGGGCACCCCUUGAGCAAGCACGUCCUCUUCAACAUGCACGAUCUGGCAGAGAGGUCCCUGCAGAAGCUCCUGAAGAACCAGGAAGAUGCUAUUGCUAUGGAUGCCGAACCCGAGAGCUGUUCUGCCUGUGGAUCAAACAACCGGGAAAGGCUGAUGCUCAUGUGCGGGGGCGGUGAAGGGAAUCAGGUCGGCUGUGGGGUCCGGGUGCACGCCGAUUGCUGCAACCCUCCCGUGGAAGGCUGUGGUGGUGGUGACUGGCUGUGCGACAGGUGCGACCAGCAGAAAUCUGCAAAGAAGGCUAAGAAGACCGCUGCCAAAUCAAGGGUGCUGAAACAUAGAUGA